CAAGAAUGUCUCUUUGAGAUGUUUAAAACGUUAAAUAUAUGUUUAUAUUUUAUAUUUAACAUUACCGGAAGACCCAUUUUUCACCCGGAUGUAUUCAACUGAAAGCCAAGAAAGCAACUGGAGGCAAAACAUCAAUGGGGGUCACUUGUGUGUGCCAGGUGCCUGUGGCAGAGGGGAAGAGUGUGCAGCAGACAGUGGACAUGCUGCACAAGAAACUGGAGCAGCUGGGAGCGGUGAAGCAGGGCAGCUUCUGUGUAGACUGUGAGACAUACCAUGCAACAGGAAAUGUCAGCGGUCAGCCCACCAAGCUCUUAUAUGUGAUGCACAACUCUGAAACUCCCUUGAGCUGCCUGGCUCUGUUCGAAGGCGGACCCUGCCUCAUAGCCGAUGCAAACUUUGACGUUCUCAUGGUGAAGCUAAAAAGUCACUUCCAAAACGCCAAGGGCCACAAGGUGGAGUGUCGUGGUUCAAGAUACCGCUACUGUGACUUCUUGAUAAAAGUUGGUACUGUGACAAUGAGCUCCAGCGCACGAGGGAUAUCAGUAGAGGUGGAGUACUGUCCCUGUGUGGUUCCAGGGGACUGCUGGAAUCUCGUGAAGGAGUUCAUGCAGUCGUUUCUCGGCCCCAGCGUCCCUGAACUGCCGUCUGUGUUUGCUGCAAAGCCUGAAGGGCUUUUCGCACCAGCAGACAGCGUCGACACCAUGACUCAGUACCUGGAGAUGUUCAACAAACUUCGUAAACAGCAAAUCCCAGGAAGUAAUGUGCGUUGAAUUGUCAGCGGGAAUGGAGAGAUCUAUUUUUUUAUGUUUGUAUUGAUGUUGCCUUAAUUCUGGUCCUGUGGAUCAGAAAGGUAUCCAGGCAUUUUUGAAAGCCUUGGAUUUUUUUAUGUCCAUUUUUUGAGCCUCAAAAUUGCAUUACACCUUCCUAUUUGAUGAAAACAUCUUGUAUUAAAGAGACAUAGUGGAGAACAGUA